AUGACCGAACAAGAAACACGUCCAGUUGUUCAAGAACAGACCAACCAGACUAUCAGUGACGAACAACAACAACAACAACAACAACAAACACAAUCGCCCGUGGAUGCCAGCUCUGACCAAGUAAAGACAGUUUUCCACGACUCCAAAAACUACAACGUAAAGCAUCCUCUCCAAAAUACGUGGACUCUAUGGUUUGAUAACCCACCAAAGAAGGCCAGUGCAGCUUCUUGGUCUCAAAAUUUAAAGGAGAUUGUCAAUGUUAGCACCGUCGAAGAUUUCUGGGGUGUUCACAACAACAUUGUCAAAGUCAACCAUCUCGAACUGAACACAAAUUACCAUGUUUUCAAAAAGGGUAUCCGUCCUGAAUGGGAGGAUGCUGCCAAUGCAAACGGUGGUAAAUUCAGCAUUCAAUUCCCUAGAAAUAGAACCGGUGAGGCUAUCAACGAUUACUGGCUUAAUUUGAUUCUCGCCAUGUUGGGAGAGCAAUUCAAGUACGAGGACGAGAUUUGUGGUGCUGUUGUUUCUGUGCGUAAAGUAUUUUAUAGAGUUGCUCUUUGGAUCAAGAGUUCCGAAAGAAAUGAGAGAAUCGAAACUAUUGGUCGUCAAUUGAAGGAAUUCCUCAAUCUCAACAGUGCAUUAGUUGUGGAAUUUACUCCUCACGGUGAUUCUGCCUCCAAAACCAGUGAGAAUAGAUUUACCAUCUAG